AUGCAUGAGGUUAUUAUGUCUAACAGGAGUUACUAUAGAUGUGCCUACAGCAAAGAGCUAGGGUGCCCUGCAACUAAGACAGUGCAGCAGAAGGAAGGUGGUGGAAACUACGGAACGGUGAGGUUGUUCGACGUUGACUACUACGGCCAGCACAUUUGCAACAGCCAUGGCCGCAUAGUUCAUCCAAAUGUCGUCGUUGAUGAGCCAGCAACGCAUGACGACGGCGGCGUGCCAAUUGUCAACCAAAGCAGCAGCAGCUCGACGUCGUAUGCCCAUGGAGUUCAGGAUGAGAGCUUUGGGGACUUGUUCAUGGUGCCUGACAUGCCGGAAUACCUGACAGAGCUCACAGAUGUUGAAAUGGCGAAUGCGUUUGGGUUUACCGCCUCGAUGAACUCGCCACUACUGGUCUCUGAAGAUAUAUUAUGGGCAUGAAGGAGUGAGAAAUCGAAGCGAACAAGUGUCCUUUUGUUGAAUUGAAUAUAUGCAGUCAGCCACGUACUACGGCACCAAGAGUUGUGGCAAGAGAAGGAAGAGGGCAUGAGUGUGGGGGUAAGAAAAGUAAAAGAGCAUGUGCAGAAAGUACUUCGAAAAUAGACACAAAACCACGUCGUACAAAACGGCCUGUAGUCUAGA